UUGGUUUUAGGUCCAAAUUCAUCGUGCGAAGAUAGCGACACCGAAUCCGAACCGGGGAUUCCCUUAAAACGGAAACAACGCCGAUCAAGAACAACGUUCACCGGGGAGCAAUUAGAAGCUUUAGAACGAGCUUUCGGGCGCACUCAAUACCCCGAUGUUUACACCCGCGAAGAAUUAGCCCAAAAAACGAAAUUAACCGAGGCUCGCGUCCAAGUGUGGUUCUCGAAUCGCCGCGCGCGUCUGCGUAAACAAUUAAACUCCCAACAAUUAAACGCUUUCAACACGAUGUCGUUGCAACCCGCUUUUCCUAUUCAACACCAUCAAUAUCCCGAUACGAGUUCGUUUAAUCAAAACGGUUGGGGGCAUCAGCAAAGUUACGCGACGCAUUCGGCUUUGGCUACCGCGUUGCAAUCCGCGGCGAUCGCUUCUUCCGGUUCCGGAACGGCGAGUGUUGGUGGUGCGGCUUUGGGGGAUUCCCCGAGUCAUUCUUCUAAUAACGCGAAUUCGCCGAGCGCGCAAAAUUCUUUGUAUAAUGCUUAUAAUAAUUUGGAACAAAACAAUUUAAACCAUCAUCAAUUUGGGUAUAAUAUGCCGGAAGUGUCGCCGGGUUCGAGUCAACACGGGAUCGCGCCGCAACAAAGUUCCGUUUGGACGAGACAUCAAAGCAAUAAGAUGGGGGAAAAUUUAAGUUCUUGGCAUGAAAAUUAUAGUUUAUUUGCUGGAAGUCACUAUGGAGCUCAUUCCCCAACGGAAGCCAAGUCCGGUUACCCGUACUUUAGCACAAUGGACAUGUGUACGAGUAGAGUUCAUUAAUUUUAUUAUUAUUAAACUAAAGUAGCCCCACGCAUACACCGCGGACAAUGUAAAUACAAUCGUUGAGAAUAUUUAUUGCUGUGGUCGUUUCUCGGCUUGUAAAUGUAUAUUAUUCUUGUGUGUGUGUAACUAACAAUCGUCUUUUAUAGUCGUCGGAUUUGUCGCAUACAUAGAUUUUAAGCGUCGUAUUUAUGUCCUUUUA